AUGAAAACCUCUCCAUAAUCAUUUUAAAGGGAAACGGAGGAAACCGUUUGGCACACUAGAAAAUAAAGAUAAGAGACGGAGAAGGAUAUUCAAUUAAUGAAGAAUCGUCUUAAGUUAUUAAAGCGAGGGGAUGCUCAGUUAUCUAAGAGAAUUGAUGAAACUAAAAAGAAAACUUAAUCUAUGAUUGACUUAAAAAUGAAUCAUCAUUAACAGAUUGAAUAGGUAAUGAAGUUUAUAUAUUUUUUAUUAGAAAAAGCUAAAUCAAAAAAAUGGUGAAGCAUAAUUGAAGGAGAAAUAAUAAUUAAAUUAUGAUCAAAAAAAACAAUAAGAAGAACAACUGGAAAUGAUUAAAAAAGCAAUGGAAUAAAUUAAAUUAGAGGAAUAUAAAAAAAUUAAGUAACAAUCUAAAAUUAUUAAAUAGAGAGUUAUCAAUAAAAAAUGCUGAGAUGAUUAAUAAAUAAAAAUAAGAUUUCAUGGCUAGAAAUAGGGAAAAGAGAGAAC